UCGGACUGUUUUUCUUCAGCCUGUAAAGUCUCGACAAGAUGGACUGAAAGUGCCGACCAAUAUAAGAUCAUCCCAACGAGAUGGGAAGGGGAAAUAUGCUUUCGAUUUGAACUUCUCGGAUGUACUAGCGUAGACUGUUCCACCUCGUAUUGUAAUCUUGGUAAUCAUGGCAAAGGGAGCUGUUCGUCGGGUUCCCUCUCGAAGAGUGCUCAGGAAUUCACUGGAAAUCUCUCCAUAUCACUUCCUCCUCGCGCACAGUGCCAGGCCAAUAUCACCGCACCAAUGGAUGCCUAUGUCUCUUUCAUCUUUGAUGGCUUUGACAACGUGAAAGAUAUCAAUAAAAUCUCAGACGGGGUUCUGAUAUUACAUGACCCGGAAACACAAUCAAAGACAAACUUUGACCUCGCCCAGGUUCCUCCGGUUGACAUUUCCACCUCGUCUCAUCUCAACCUGAAAAUUCUAUCAGGUCUCUUGACCGCUACAUCAGAUGUCAUUGCUUCUUUUGGGUAUGUAGAUAAACCAGGCUGCAAGGGAAAAGAAACUGACACUGUCCACUCAUGCACAGAGAGCACUGGUCUUUUCUUCUCACCAAACUACUUCGACCUGUACCCUCCAAACCUCGACCGUUCCUGGGAGAUCAGUACUCGGCCUUGGUCUCAAAUCAUCCUCCGUUUUAUCGAAUUCGUCGUCGCUUCCCUCGAUGAGCGGUGCCAAGAGGAUUUUGUGGUUGUCACUGACGUAUCGAAUUCGGCAAUCAUCGGGCGCUUCUGCAGUCAGGCACCUCCGUCGGGCGACUACAUGUCUUCUUUAAACAGGAUGCGUCUUUCUUUUCACUCUGAUGGCAUUGAAGGUGGCGCGGGAUUCUUGGCAGAAUAUGAUACAGGGCAUCUGAUACCUGAUGUGUUCUCGGCAUCUAAUUUUACCAAUGAAACUUGUCAGACGGGUUGGGACUACUUCCGGCGAUCCUGCUAUAAGCUCUUUGUCAGCUCUGUCGUCAUAACAUGGAACGAGGCAGAGGCAGAAUGUGAAACCAUAGAGGACGCACACUUGAUCAGUAUUCACGAUAAGGAUGAGAUGACGAUGCUGCACUAUAUGAUCUCAACUCAAUGGCAGACUGUAGAUACAAAGACGUACAUAGGCCUCGGACAUAGGGACCAAAGAGGAGUAUUCAAAUGGACUGAUGAAACACCCAUGUCUUAUACUAAUUGGUAUAUUCCCCAAUACAAUGGAGAAGGAGAAAAACAACCAGACGGCGGAAUGUUAGAAGCAUGUACAAUGCUAGUCUUUGAUCCAGCCACAUCGACGGAUCUUUCGACAGAUCUUUGGCAUGAUGUUGCCUGUGCUUCUCCUGAAACGAGGCAGUUUGUUUGCAAAACCCAAGCUACAGGUUCGCAGUGGAAUUUAACAGUUCAUAUCUACAAGCCAGAUUCUAUUGGACAAUGCGAUCCCGGACUAUUCCAUUGUAGCUCAGGGGAGUGCAUACGUGACGUCUUUAUAUGUGAUGGUGCCAAAGAUUGCAAAGACUUCAGCGACGAAAAUGACUGCUUUGCAGGUUGCGAUGAAAACCAAUAUGAAUGUAACGAUGAGUCAUGUAUAUCGAUUUCGUUUGUCUGUGACACCAUUUCUGAUUGUAAGGAUAAUUCGGAUGAAAUUAAUUGCGUGUAUCCGCGGUGUUCGGAGUCGGAGUUUACAUGUGACAGCGGUCAAUGCAUAGACUCUCUCCAGAGAUGUGAUUUUAUUCCUCAUUGCUACGACUCUUCGGAUGAGGUUGAAUGUGUUCUGGAGCUAUCAUCGUCAGCAUUCCAAUGUUUUGAUGGGUCUUUGUUUCCAAGCAAAGUUAACUGUGAUGGAAUGGUCGAUUGCAUCGGCAAAACAAUAGAGGAUGAAGAUCGAUGUGGUUACCUCAAUCAUGAUUUUGCUUGUGACUAUGAGACUGAACUUACUUGUGAUAAUGGCGCAUGCGCACCACUGGCCUCUAUCUGUAUGUAUGAACUCGAUGAAGUUGGUUUCCUCAAUAGCUGCCGUGACGUCACAAAUUUGAAAGAAUGUGAGAAUCACACUUGUCCAUCUUGGACAAUGAAGUGUCCAGACUCUUACUGUAUUCCUCUAAGAUACCGAUGUGAUGGGAAGUUGGAUUGCCCAACAGGGUCUGAUGAACAAGAUUGUGAUACUUAUGAAUGUCCACCUGGUUCUUACCGUUGCCAUGGUAGCACAGUUUGUAUCAGUCCUGAUCAUGUAUGUGAUGACGUAAUACACUGUCCUGGUCAUGAUGAUGAAAUAUUCUGUGAUCUGCGCCUGAAGGGCAUUUCAGGGUCGCUUGGUUGUGUAAAUGAAAUCGCAUGUGUAAGUGGAGAUAAAAUGGUUGCCUCGGAAAUGAAUACAACCGAUGAACGCACUACAAUCGUACCAUCUUCGUUACCGUUCCUUAUUGAACUAUCUCUUAAAAAUUCAAGAAUUUCAGAUAUUGCAAAAGGAUCAUUUUCAGAAAGUUCAAACGUCUUGUAUUUGGAUCUUGCUUUUAAUAACAUUCAUGCAUUACACCUCGGCGUAUUUGGAGGAUUACAACGAUUAGUUACUCUGAAUCUUUCUAACAACCCUUUGCAGAUGAUUGAAAUGGGAACCUUUGAUAAUCUUUCAACCCUUCUAGAGUUGGAUAUUCGAAGCACGUUAAUAUUUGAAGCAGAUGACGCCAGUUUGAGUGCGUUCUCUGGCUUACACAACAUAGAGACGCUGUAA